CGAAGCCUGUAAGGCCCUCAGCCAUCAUGGCCAUGACCCGGGAGGGCCCCGGUAGUGGGUUCCAGCACAGCACAGUGGCGGCCUUCAUCAACAAGAAGAUGGCGGGGCACGCCAAAGGCCCUGAGUUCUUCCUCGUGAAUGCAGCCCUGUCCUGGGACCAGGUGGAGGGCAAGCUCAAGGCCGUCCUGGAGGACAGCACGCUCCCCGACGAGGCCAAAGAGGCCUGCGCCUGGAGUAGCCUGGCCCUGGGCAUGCGCUUUGCCCACAAGCAGGGCCAGUUACACAGGUACAGGGUACAGUAUCUUCAUGACAUCAUCAAACUCCACAAGUCAGCCAUGGUGGCUUUGGCCGGACAGGUGAAGGAGCUCACAGAGGAGGAGAAAACGGAGCACAAGCACAUAGUCUUCCAACUGUGGCAGGCCAAGUCCAAGCUGGCACAGGUGCAGAGAGAACGCGAUCUCCUGCAGUGGAAGAUCUUCCAGAUGAACCUGCAGGCUGCCGAGACGCAGGUCGCAGAGGAGCCAGGCCUUGCCAGCACCAGUGGGGCCGGGACAGAAGGAGCAGGUGAGAAGGAAGACCAGGCGGGGACAGCUGCUGCUACUGUUACCACUGCUGGUGCCGAAGGAGGAGGAAAACUGAAGGAUGCUGAGAGGGCAGAGACCACAAAGGAGCCUGCUGGGGACCCCACCCAGCUUCCAGGAGCUGUAGAGCAGAACAUUCACACCUCUGGCAGGCAGAGGGAGGGAGAUCUCAGGGGGAGGAUGGAGAGCUGUAACAUCUGGACCAGAUGGCGACAACUGAAGAAGUAGCCCUGGACAUCACCUAGGGACCGGGACCGUGCACCUAGAGACUAAAGACGUCAUGGCUCCAGCCCAUCUCUGCAGCAGAUGGAUGUGACUCUGGGCUGUCUCCUAUUGGGCAAUCUCCUGAUGGUGGCCCAUACCUCCUGAUGGGGAGGUAUGGACAACCAUCAGGACUAGGGGCAGGACCCCUAGAUCCCUAGCUUGCACUUGUCAGAAACGUCCUUGGGCUUGUUUGUAUCCUUCUGGGGCAGCUUUUCCCAACCUCACAUUCUUGACAUUUGAAGUUGGAUAAUUCUCUGUUGCAGGGGGUUGUCUAGUAUACUGUAGAAUGUUCAGCAUAAUCCCUGACCACUACUCUCUGGGUAAGCAGCAACUCCCCCUCCGGCAGUUGUGACAAUCAGAAAUAACUCCAGAUAGUGCCACAUGUGCCUUGCUUUGGAACCAUGGAGGCGACAAGGUACUUAAGAGUAGUCAGAACAGGGGAGACAGUUGCAAGGGGGGCAUACUCAGCAGUAUCCCAGGCUGCACGGGGUCCCUAAGAUGUGUAAAACAAAAUUCCCCCACAAAAUUCUGUAAGUGUGUACAUGUC